AUGGCGCGGUCCGUGCUCACGAACGACGACCUGUGGCGCGUGACGACCAUCUUCUCGCGAGGAAAGGCAGCUGCGCAGUGGCGUGACGGCAACUUGGCCGCCGCGCUCGGACACGUGUACCUGCUCGAGCACCUUCCCGCGCUGCUGCUCACGCCAGCGGCGAUGGAGGCGGCGGCCGCGAACGGCCACUUGGCCGUGGUACAGUGGAUCCACUCCAAUCGCCCCGAGACGCGAAGCCCGUGCGCGAUGCUGUGCGCGGCCGAGAACAACCACUUGCACAUCGUGUCUUGGCUCCACGCGCACGCGUACCCCGAUGCGCUCGCAAUGGAUGCGGCCGCCGCGGCCGGGCACCUCGAGGUCGUGCAGUGGUUGCACGCAGUUGUAAGGUCGCCACGAAGCUGCUCGGUGCGUGCGAUGGACCAAGCCGCCGAGAAAGGCCACUUGGACGUGCUCCAGUGGCUUCAUCUGUAUCGGAGAGAAGGCUGCACGACCGAUGCGAUGGACUAUGCUGCGUGCGCGGGGCACCUCGGUAUUGUACAGUGGCUCGCCGCCCAUCGUCGCGAGGGCUGUACGAAGAAGGCGCUUUUGUAUGCUGCGUUCAACGGCCACCUUGCUGUCGUUCAGUUCUUAUGUGGGCUGCCGGCCUUUCAAACCACCGACGAUAUCCAGCGUGCAAUGCAUUUGAGUGGCAAAAACGGACAGCGCCACGUCGCCGACUGGCUGCGGACGACUCUGUCGAUUACCCGCAUGUAGUCGUCCAGCCAACAAACCAAUACACAAGUCCCAUAUCCUUUGGACUCCAACGCCACAAGUACCCG